CACCUGCAGUUAAAUGUCAAUGAAGAAGACCGCUGCUCUCAGGAAACAUGGCGCGGGUUGUGUGUAGGUUCGAGUCCCUGCGCUGCUGCGGGAACCUGAGGUAACAGUGGUGUCAUCCCAGGGCUCUACCGUGACAGUGACGGAGAGACGGUUAGAAAGGGAGGCGUCGGUCUCGUAGGGGGAAUCCGACAAUGGACGAAAUCCUGGCUCGGGGGGUGGCAGCGCGUCCGAGAAGAAUGUCUGCUGUUACUGCCGCGGAGGUUGGAGCUAACGUUAGCCUGCAAGAUGGCGAGGUAACCGAGGUGGUCGAUGGGCAGCCUCCGAGAGAAACUCACAUUGGUCCGGAGAGAAUCGGCGCUGCCGGAGGGAGGAUGGAGAGGAGCAACUCGGCACCCCAAGUGGUCCACCAGAGGCAUAUGCCGAAGGAGCCGAACAAGUUCCAUAUACCGAGGAAAACCAGGGAGAACAGAGCUCUCUUCCAGUAUGUUUCUACUGAGUCCAGGGAGUUUGAGGACAUGAUGACCAUCUUGACCUCCACUUACAUUGACACUGGCUCUGCCGGCUGCUUCACCUACAGCAAACCUCGCCUCGUCCACAGUGAGCCACUGGAGAAAGAGUUUGUGGAGAAGAGGAAGGAGAUGAAAGCGGACGGGAGGACGGAUAAGGAGCUGGAGGAGAGCUACGGUUUCCUGUUGGCCGAUACCAGCAAGCUGCCUAUGCUCUGUGAGAAGGGGCUGUGUGUGGGUCAGAGUUGGAUCACAGUGCUGGGAAACCCCUGUAAAGGAGUCUAUCUGUCCAGAUACUCAGACCUGCUACAGGUUAAUCCCUUAACCCCAGGAGCCACAGGGGAGAUCAUCAUCUUCAAAGUGAUGAAGGGAAAAGUGAAGAGCAUCUACGAAAACAUGAAGAACAUUCUAGAUCCGACGCCUCGCUUUGACAGCCACAUCUCCAAGAACGCCAGCAAAGUCACCUCGCUCAACUCCUACCGCGCCUUUGAACUCACACAGCAAUACUUCUAUGAGUAUACAUUUGAUGAAUUGCGGCAGCGGCCUCGCCAGGUUUGUCCGUGCGCCGUCAUCUCCUUCCACUUUAAAGGAAAGGACUCUCCACUUCCCAGCAAACCUCUGGCCCCCAUCAGGUUGAACAGUCAGUCUGCAGAGGGGAGUAAAGAGCGAGCUCAGUUCACAGUGUGGACUGGAGAUUUGGUUAAAGGCGACCAGGUUCUCUUCCAGAUCUCCCUUCGCUCCUACUCUCCUCCCUUACUGCCCCACAGACUACCAGAGAAGUUGAAAGUUGAUUGUUUGAUGAGACUUGACCAGGUGACCAAGCUCGUCCCCGCCGGCCUGUUCUCCUUCAACCUCUACAACAGCAGCCAAGAGGUUGUGAAGAGCGGGCAUUACUGCAGUCUUCUGGAGGUGGUUGACAAAAGUCGGUCAACGACCAGCAUCACCAAACUGCUGCAGGAGCUGGAGAUAAAGAGAGUGGUUCUGGUGACUCCACUAACAGAGAGAGGAUUUCUCUUUCUACUCUCCAGUGUUCAGAUGGCCACACCUGCUGAGAGAGGAGAGAACUGGAAGAGGUGUCUUCAGGCCUUGUUUGUCUUCCCAGAGCACAGAGAUGUGGCCAAAUCCACAUCAAGGUGUGCCUCCUCUCCCCGUGAUGCCUCACAGCCGUUCACCUCCGGUGCCACAGUGAUGCCACGUCUGAACCAAUUUAUCCCAGCAUUGCAUCAUGCCCUUGUUAAGGCCCGUGCCAACCCCCCCCCUGAGCUGUCUGCUGGCGUGGAGCGCCAGGCAAGGGAAUACCUCAUCGGCCUGACUGAUGGCAAGGAAGUAGCAGUCAUUGAGACAGAGAGGCAGAGAGAGGGAGAGGCAGACAGACAGGUUCGACAGUACCCCAUGGGUGAGUACGACUCCAAGCUAGACGAACGAGGAAAGUUGUUUCCUGCUCCAAAACACCACCGGGUGAACAUGGACGGCUACCUACGCUCCUACUUGUACAACCCCGCCCUCUACCUGCUGUCGGUGGCCCGGGCCAGGCAGAUGGUGGAGGUGCACUGUGGUCCUGAGGAGUCACAGGAGGCGAAGGUCAGGAAGAGCUUUGGAGGCCAGAAAGAGUCGACGGGGAAGGAGGUGACAGGCAAUACUAGAGACGGACAGAGCAACACUCAGAAGAUGCAGCAGCUGAUAGACCUGGUUUUGACCUGUAAGAGGAACGCAGAAAAUGAGGUAAAGAGGGAGGAAGGAGGAGAUGCUGGGCUGACGGCGCCAGGGAGGAAGAGGAGGCGGGAACAGGAGACGGCAGAGAGGGCGCUUAAAUUCCUGAAGGCAUCGCAGGAACAUGGAAGCCACGACAAGAUUCCAGGCCUCAACCAGGCUGCCAGUGGAAUGGCCAGUCAGAGCCUUUGUGAAGCGCCGGAGGAGGAGCAGAGGGAAUCCUGUCCAUUUGAUAAGCUGGCCACCAGGCUGGGCCUGCCCACCAACUGUGACAUCGACCUGAGAAAGCAGGAAGAACUGGAGGAGCAGAUGGCGGGCCUGUGUUCUGAGAGGUACACUCAGAGAGACAGAAACAUCCCUCAGGACCCUCGCUUCCAGCACCUCACCACAGCAUCAAGCAUCACCACGCCAACCAAAUCCCCCAGGAAGAGCCCCACCCUGUCUCCUGAGCCCAGCCCUCCUACAUCCCCCUUCCAGUGCCUGUCCCCUGAGCCUAGCCCCCCUCUCUCCCCCUCCCAAUGCCCAUCACCUGACCCCAGCCCUCCCCUUUCACCCUCCCAAUGCCCGUCUCCAGAGCCCAGUCCACCUCUUUCCCCGUCUCAGUGCCCUUCCCCGGUGCCCAGUCCUCCCCCAUCUCCCUCUCAGUGCCCAUCUCCACAGCCCAGUCCUCCCUCUACUCCUCUCUACUGCCCGUCUCCUCAGCCCAGCCCUCCUCCCUCCCCGUCUCGGUGCCAGUCCCUGGAGCCUAAUGAGCGCAAUCCACUUAACAAGAGCAACAGUGGUGCUAACGAGGAGCGUUUAGCCUCCACAGCCUCCAGAGAGUUUGCAGGAAUGUCCAAAGACAGACAAGAGAAACCUCAGGGGAAAGAAAAGAAGAAUGAAGAGCCAUCCAUUUUUGCAUCCAUCCAGCCAUCUAUCCCUCCAGCUCCAGAGAGGAGGACAAACUCCUCACCACCACCCUCUGAACAAGGGAAGGAGGAUGCAGUACUUCUGGAAAAGGAAACUGUUCAGAAAAUGCAAAAACAAAGGGAAGAAGAAGCCACAGAGCGUAAGCAAGAUGAAGAGGAGGUGGUGGACAUGAUAUGUGAGGAUUACAUUAGCUCUCUACAGGACAGCAUUAACAGCAUGUUAACAGAGUUUUCCAACAGCUGGCCAAGCCACAGUGCUGACACCAGGCGGACUGAUGAUGCUGAUGCCACGUUAGCUAACAAACCCUCCCAGGGUUCAGCAGUGUCUCUAAGCCCUCGGCAGAGCCUUCACACUCCUCUGAGCCGGUCUCCAGCUCGGCCAUUGGCGUCGAUCCCCGCUCCUCCAGCCACGGCUCUGAGCUCCCUGAUCAGCCAGCUGCAGCCAGAGGUGUUCAACAGUCUGGUGGAGAUCAUCAAGGACGUCAGGAAGAACUCCCUGCAGUUCUACCUCCACAGCACCGAGCCAGGGGACCAGGUCUAUGAAGAUGUCAAGGAACACUUGUUGAAGCAGGGUAACGUGGAGCAGAGUCCUGUGGACUUUCUGAACCAAGAAAGCUCUGACAACAGACUGCUGGUCGUCAUUAAGAACAAAGACAUAGCUGGACACAUACACAAGAUCCCAAACCUGGUGUCUGUGAAGCGACACCCCUCUGUUGUGUUUGUGGGAAUCGAUACACUGGAUGACAUCAGGAACAACAGCUACAAUGAGCUCUUUGUGUCUGGAGGCUGCAUCGUAUCAGACGAGUUAGUCCUCAAUCCAGACUUCAUCACUCAUGGUCGACUGGCUGCACUGCUAAUGUUCCUGGAACAGCACAGUUCUCUGGAGAGUGUUUGGAGGUGGAAGAUUCACUGCAAAACACACAAGAAAUUAAAAGAACAAGCCAGGUUCAGAAGAGAUGCAGCCAGCAUACUGGACUUACUCUCAGUUUAUCAGAAGCGGCAGAUCGUUGAAUUCCUCCCAUAUCAUCACUGCGACAUGAUGAACCAUCAGUCGCCUAACCUGGACUGUCUUAUCGAGCUCCAGGCCCGAUACACACAGUACCGACACACAGUCUUCCUGACUGAGCAUCGUUUGGAGAAGUUCGCUGCCUAUUCCAGUUGUGGCAUCAUUGUGGCCGGUAUUGAUGAAAUUCUGCACAGCUUCACCAGACUGGUCGGUUACCAUGACAUCAAAGACAAGCAGCCAAUCAUGGACGACCUGCUGGCAGCCAAAGGUCUCGAUAGGCAGCUGAGUCACGGUGACUCUGUGUCGGGCUCUGAACGCUCUCCCUCUAUCUUCCCAGAACACACCCAUCCCCUCUCCUCUGGUGACCAACCCCAACACCUCCUCCAGCAGCCCAGCUCCGGCCUCCUCCCGCUCCCUCAUCUCUCCGACCAGCUCGUCCCAGAUGCCUCCUGCAAGGACGGUGUGCCGCAACCCUCAGACACAGACUUUGAGGUUCUUCGACUGGCCAUCUCACACCUGAGGGCCGAGCGUCAGGCUCAGCUCCAGCAGCAGCGGUUUGACUCCCAGUCAGAGUUUAGCAUCAACCCCCUCAAAAGUUUCCUUCCUAAUCCCAGUCACAACACUCCUCCUGCAGGCCAGGGAGGACCCACUGAGUCGGCCCGUCUUACUCUUGGCAGGAAAGCAGUGGCAACUACUCUGGACUUAAUUCACUCAGCUCUGCAGCCAGAGCUGGGGGAGGAGGGAAGGAAGGAGGACAGAGUGGAGGCUCCCACAGAGGGACAGAGGAGGGGAAGAAGUCUGGGAGGAGGAGAGCCUGGAGAUGGUUGUCCAGCAGUGGGACUGGUAGGAGGAAAUCAGGGUCCCAGCAAUAAUGACACAUCUAUUCCGCUGUCCAGUCAAAGCACAACAAGACCAAAUGACCAGACAGACUCAACUGAUGUCAGGAGAGAAAAAGUAGAACAACAAAAAGACUCUGUAUUUCUUAAAGCAGCUCAACAGGGUGCAGCUUCCUUCAGUACCUCAUCCUGUCCUGUAGAGGGCGACAGAUCAAGAGAUGCACAGCCGGGCCAGGAACAGCCAAUAAGAAGAGAGGGAGCACUACUUGGAAACCGCACAGCUGGUGGCACCAAGGUAACCGAAAGUGUCACCAUGGUAACAGGCCAGGAGAACAACCCAAAUCCUGCUCCACUCCGACUCCCCCAACAACAUCUGCAGCAGCAGCAGCAUCAGCAGCAGCAGCGCAUCAGCAGCGGGGCGCUGGCCUCCUUCAUCGCCCCCACCUGUCCCAACUCCCUGGCCAGGCUCUCUCCAUGGGUCCCAUGCUGAGGCCCCAGCCGUCCCUGGGUGGGUUAAGGGGCCUCCUGGGACCCAUGCCUGUCUGGCCAGGGGGGCUGGUAUGGGGCUUCCCACAGGCCGGCAAUGGUCCUGCACUUCUGGGGACGUACCACAACCCUGCAGGUCAGGGCAGCAGCAGGUACAGAGGGGGGCAAAGAGGAGGCUUUAAUGGGAUGUAGAGAUCCAGUUAAGCUACAGCAGCUGAUCAGCCCAGGUAACCUGCUCCAUUGACCUCCACACACCUGCUGCAGCUCAUGUCGCAGGUUUAAGGAGGGGAGGAAAACCCAGAACUAAAACUGUUAUCACAGAGGGAGAGAGCUGAACCUCAUUCUAGACAAAUGAAGAAGUUGAAACACAUCCCAAAUACUAACAGGUGCUGGACUGAAGAAAAUAGGAAGCAGGGGUGACAACACUGUGCAUGCAGCUCCCAAUGUUCAUUAUUGAUCAUCACAAAAUUGAGGUGAUGUCAAGCCCUGAUCCAGGAUCUGUCAUAGUUCAUAUCACAGUCCUGGAUCACUAACUCUGUCAGUCACUCAGAGGUUUAUGCAGUUAGUUACAGGGAGAUGCUCACAAAAAUACAAACCACGAGGAACUGAUUACUUCCUCUCUUUUGCUUUUAUUUGAUUAGAGUAGCGAUACGGUCAGGAAAUACAAGCAGAGAGAUGAAGCAAUAUGAAAUCCCACAAACCAGGGACACUGCUCUUAUAUGCAUCUUAAUCACUUGGCCCACUUGGUUUUGAACAUGGAAAAGAUUUGAUGUCAGGCAAGUGCAAAGUAACAAAAAAAGUGACUUCAUUCUGUCUUCCUUUCAAGUCCGUACAAGUGAUGUGAUAUCAAAAAUGGUGCAGGAUUUUCUCCUCGCUCACUGGGUGGAGUGUUGCUUAGCAACAGCAGCCACUGGUGGUGUUAAUGUUAAAUAUGCCCAACACUGAUUCUCCUUUAACAGUAACUACAGUACUGUUCAAAAUUCAGUCUGUACCAGGCUGUGUUUUGUACCCUUGAAGGAUAGUUUGUAAAAUGCACUUUGAUCAGUUGACCUGUUGUCUCAUCAAAAACAAGCUACUGUUGAAAUUUUUUUUUAUUAAUGCAAAAUCUAGUAAAGUAGAGCGUCGUGUUGAGCAGCUAAUCACAACACUAGUGACUUAAAUUAGUCAUUGAUUAUCACAAAAUAGUUGCCAAUUACUCAUUAAUUUACUUUUACUUUUCAUCGAAGAUUAUCAGCCAUCCAGUGACGUUUGUCUUGUAACCAAUUUUAUGAACCUUUCUGUGACUGAAAUGUCCAGGACCCAGGAGAAUGCUGAUCCAGGUCUUGGGUCAGGGCUCGGCAAUGUUCCCAGCCACAUAACUCUUCAUCAGACAACCAGAAACUCUGUAGAUAGCACUUUUGAAAGCCCCCAAAAUGUAUCCAGUAUCACCUUGAUUUAAUGCUAAUGAGCAGUAUGCAGAGUGUGGACUCAGAAGUCGAUGAACCUGAAUAAGAACCGGCUGCUCUGCUGUUAACUACCUACUGAACUGUUGAUCUCUUGGUACUUAACAAUACAAAACAUACUGAAGGAAAAGACUAGAACUCACUGUUCAGACGUGUGUGAGGAAACACUCUGCCACGUUUUCAGAAGUUUCAUUUAAUCUGACAACACCUCAAACGGAGAGAAACUGAAGAACUUAAAAAAAAAAAAACUGUAAAUGAAUAAGAUGGAGAGACUGCCUUACACGUCUUCCAGUGGACACUCUUUAUGUCUUGUUUUUUGUACUGAAUGUUUGUUUACCCUGGGAGCCGUUUGUGGUUAGUUGUUGUUUAAUGUAGGAAAUGACUCAACAGACUGUAACAGACUGGUUUUAACUUAAAAAAUCUUUUUUAUGUUUCUUUUUUACCUCAGAAGGUUUUUGUAUUAAACUUGCCUGCGUAAACCAGA